GCCGUUACUACCAAUCAUCGUGCAGCAUUCUCCGGCCGCUGAAGAGCAAUGGCGGAGACAAUGGAGCUAAGUGGAAACCACGCUCCUCCCAGUGAAUGCAGCAAGAUGUCCAGCUACAGGGGCUGCGUGGAAGUGAUACUGAAGCUGCUGGCAGACUUCGGAAAAGAGCUCAAAUUAGGUGAUGCUGCUUUGAGAAUAGAAACCAACCCCAGUGCUGUUAAUCUUCAAUCAUCUCCAGCUGCUCAUGUCUGCAGCUCUUUGCAGGAGCAUAUCACUAAAUUGCAGGCUGUUUCAGAAAAUCUAAAGACACUAGCGGAGGCUGACGUCGAAGCAUCAUCUACAAAAGACAACACAUCAGAUGAUGCCGUCACCUCGUCCUCGGUGAAAGAACAGACACCUGCGUCGUCUGGGCAGCAUCCCCUCGUCUCAGAGGCUGCGGAGAGCGAGACGGCAGCUGAUGACGUCAUGGUUCAGAUCCGAGCCAGGAAGUCAGAGAUUGAGCGAAGAAUAUCUGCAUUUAUGGAACGCAAGCAGAUGGAGAUCAAUGAAAACAAUGUACGCGAGUUUUGCAACGUGAUCGACUGCAAUCAGGAAAACAGCUGUGCCCGAACAGAUGCAGUUUUCACUCCUUAUCCAGGUUUUAAAAGCCACGUAAAAGUCACACGGGUGGUUAAUACAUACGGGCCCCAGACUCGUAGUGGGGGAGGUCAAGGAGAGCCUGGGGAGCAGCAGAGGGCGCCGAUAGCAAGAGACUGUGGAAAUGCAGCCAUAGAAGAACGGCUUCACAACAUCGAGACUCACCUAAAGCUUCCUACAGUGGGUCCGGUGCCAUUAAGUGUCUACCAGAGACUCAAGAAGCUGGAGGAUCGUAUUCUGGAGUUGGAGGGACUUUCACCCGAGUACUUUCAGUCUUCAAGUCACCAGCACAAGCGACUAAAGACAUCCCCGGCUCAGGCCUGCAGUCUGACGGAGCUGGAUGAGAAGAUCACUGCAGUGAAAGCAGCACUGCUGAAGAGGGUGACUGAAUAUGGGCCUGGAUAUGGAACAGACUGUUCACUGUGACACGCAAACCAAUGCUCCAAACACACAUAUGUAUCAGCUGUUUGUUUUAUGUACUUGUCACGGACUCAUUAACACCAUUCUGACCACUUAUUCCGCUAAAAACAAAAACUUAAUACCAUCUUAAUUUGAUGAUGCUGAGACACCUUUUGAUAUUAAAAUAUGUAUGUAAAAAUAUAUUUCUCCAAGUAGUUUUAUACUUAAAUGAAAUAUUGUUCUGUAAAUAAAGAUAAUUGCUCCAUCGUGGAAA